AUGGCUGCGAUCUUAGCUCGCAAGUCCCUUCAGGCUCUCCGCGCCAGGCAGCUCGCCGUACCAGGGCAAGCCUUGCAGGGUUCUUACUACUAUGGACCGCGUUCCAGUUCACACUACUUCUCCACUAUAAAAGAGGAUGAGGAAAGAGAGGAACUCGCAAAGGAGAUUUCGAAGGACUGGAGUUCUGUCUUUGAGCGAAGCAUAAACACAUUGUUCCUCACUGAAAUGGUUCGAGGUCUGAUGCUGACGCUUAAGUACUUUUUUGAGAAAAAAGUUACUAUCAAUUAUCCAUUUGAGAAGGGCCCUCUGAGUCCUCGUUUUCGUGGUGAACAUGCCCUACGGCGAUAUCCUACGGGAGAAGAGCGUUGCAUUGCUUGCAAACUUUGUGAAGCUAUAUGUCCGGCGCAGGCAAUCACAAUUGAGGCUGAGGCACGAGAAGAUGGUAGCCGUAGGACUACUAGGUAUGACAUUGACAUGACAAAGUGCAUCUACUGUGGAUUCUGUCAAGAGGCAUGCCCUGUUGAUGCCAUUGUAGAAGGACCGAACUUUGAAUUUUCAACAGAGACUCAUGAGGAGCUUCUUUACGACAAAGAAAAGCUGCUCGAGAAUGGAGACAGAUGGGAGACUGAGAUUGCUGAGAACCUCAGAUCUGAAAGCCUCUACCGCUGA